CUCUCCUCCACAACAGGGGGGAGUUGUAGUAGCACCGAGUAAGAACACUGGUGGAGAAUCAGCAGUAAACAAUUUCUUCCCUCUCUGUGAUUAAAAGCCUAGGUUUGCUUGGGGGAAGUUUAAGUGCAGAUAAAAUGUCGUCUUGGGCGAAAUCAUCUGCAGCUGCCCGGCGGCCACCAGCUAGCCCAAACGGAAGUGCUCAACAACUUCGUUUGUUUCGGAGACCAGCGCCUUACCCCACCAGGGAGGAGAGGACCGAAGACCUCAAGGAUGCCCUGGAAAGUUAUGAAGAACUGGAGCAAAUACAAAACUACAGUGGAAGUGUGAAGUAUGAGGGAUAUAAACAUCAGCCAAAUGCCAAGCCAGAGGGCUGCACUCCAGCAGACAGACGGAAAGCCCUGUAUCAGAAGUUCUACAGACAGGUGCAGGAGGAGAGGAAGCCGGCAGACUGUGUGGUCCUUUCUGUCACCAAUCAGUGCCUGGAUUACCCCAAAUCGCUAAGCCAGUGCUUGCAGGAGCGUGGUCUAUCAGUGGAAAUGCUCUACCUUCAGGCGGAAUCGGGCCUGACCCGGGCCCUGCAGGAUGUCCGAGCAGACGGCUCCUCGUUAUGUAUUCUGGUGGAGCAGACAAACAUAGCUCUGUCCUCCUGCACUGUUAUCAUAUUCUCAGAAUCCCUCAAAAUCCAUCGCAACAUGCCCAAAGACCAGGCCAUGGACUUUGUUGCAGCCGAGUACAGUCGCGGACUCGUCAAAGAGCGCCCGAAGAGGGACCCCGCAGACAUUGCAGCCCAGGCGUCACAGCUGCUGGAUGACUUUCUGGAACGAGAAAAGAUUGAGCGCCAUACUGUUCCCUCGGAAACCCGUCCGCUCCUCAUGCUGUUAGCUGAGGGGGUGCAUCUCUACCCCGAGGAGCUAGAAACCAUCUCAGAGUAUGUCCGGUGCCGCCAGGAACACAUACAAGUCUCCAACACUGAGGGUGAGAGGGGUAACAUGUUACCUCCUGGACUAGGGAAACCACCUCCUCUGCUCCCUACUCCACCUGGGCCCCCUCAACCUCAGUCUGGAGCAGGGGGGCCCAUGAUGGACCACACCUCAACCCCACCCAGUCCUCUCUUGCCUUCACCAGGCUCUUAUCCCAAAACCAAACCUCCUCCGCUACUGUCCUUGCAUCGACCUCCUGGUCCGUCAUUAGGGGCCCAGGCUUCACGAGGCCCCCUGUCCUCACACAGCCUGUAUGGUGCCCCCACUGUUCCCCGUGGGCCCUUACUCCACCACGCUCCUCCAUACCACCCAGGCCCCAGGGGUCCUCACGGGAGUAGAAUGGCCCCGCCCUCUCUAAAGAGUUCCCGCCCUCCACUUCUCGCUUCUCCAGGUGCCCCUCUUCCACGACCGAGCGGCCCCCGACACUGAGACAAGGCAGAGACGCACACAAACACACACUCUCUCUCACUGUAACACAUGCAGGCUUCAUGCAAGUGCCAGCAUUGUUUUGAAGAUUUCACCUACCUGUAGAUCAGAAAACUCCUGGACCCUGCGAACAAUACAUGUUCCGCCUGUGUGUGUGUUGGGGGGGAAGAAAAGUAGUACUCAAAUGAAAAAGCAGUAGUUUGAAAUUCUGUCAUCAUCAGUCAUCUUAUUGUGGAUGGAUUAAUGGAGGACGACAUGGAGUUCUCUAUCUGACUGACAAUUUUAAGUAUCUUUUUGUUAACAUUGUUGAUUGUUUCUCUUUAUAACGUACUGCGUUUCUCACCCACAGUCUAGCCCAUUAAAAAAGCAUGUUCUAGUUUACCCUUUUAAACUCCAUAAUGUUGUUGUUGGUUACAGUAACAAGCUGUGUGUACUGGUACCGAGGGUGUUGGUGGUCACACGAUGGGUAAUAUGACUUUGUAUUUUUCUGUAUAUAAUAUAGCAAGUACGUACCUGCUGUAUACGAUGUUUCACGAUGGUGCUUAAGAUUUCACAAGCAGUUUUCAAAGAUUCUCUAGAGGAGAGAAUUUCAACAACAAAUUAAAAUUGUCUUUUUAUAAGAUG